AUGGCUGCUAACGGAAUUGUGAACGGCUCAACUGAGCGACCCAAGACUGGGAUCAAAGUAAUAGUGGUGGGAGCAGGAUUCGGGGGCCUCGGUGCGGCGAUAGAGUGCCACCGCAACGGGCAUGAUGUUGAGAUAUACGAAGCAUUCCCUGAGCUGAAAGCUCUGGGAGAUAUUAUCACUUUCGGCCCCAAUGCAGGACGGAUCUUCCACCGGUGGAACAAUGGCGAGGUCGCUCGUGAGAUGCGGAAGUACAGUAUCGACCUCAGAGCCUACGGCUUCAAUAUACACAAAUAUGAUACUGGAGAAAUCGUCUUAAACCAGAAGACCCCAGAACUGGAUGAAACUGCUCCGAACUUCAAUGGUCAUCGGGGAGAGCUUCACGGGGUAGUGUAUGAUUAUGCCACAAAGCAGCUCUGCAUCCCCAUUCAUCUUGGCAAUAAGAUCCGAACAUACUUCGAGGAUGAAGAUAAGUCUGGAAUUUUGCUGGAGACAGGAGAAAGAAUUGCAGCCGACGUAGUGAUCGCAGCAGAUGGCGUCCGGUCGAAGGCGCGUCAGUCCGUUUUGGGCUAUGAGGAUAGACCCAAGAGUAGCGGCUACGCUGUUUGGCGAUCAUGGUUCUCGAACAAGGACAUGAUUUCUGAUCCGGAAACAGCCCAGUUCUGCAAUAAUGGAGACACCUUCAACGGGUGGAUUGGUCCCGACAUGCACUUCCUUUUCAGCACCAUUAAGAAUGGGACCGACUGCUGCUGGGUGUUGACCCAUCCCGACGAACACGACAUUGAUGAGUCGUGGAGCUUUCCCGGCAAGUUGAGCGAGGUACUUGAGUCUGUCAAAGACUGGGAUCCAAUGUGUUCUCGGAUUAUAUCCAAGACGCCCGAGGAUAGACUUGUUGACUGGAAACUGGUGUACCGAGACCCCUUGCCUACCUGGGUCAGUCCCAGCGGACGGAUUCUCCUACUUGGAGACUCUGCUCAUCCUUUCCUCCCUACAAGCGCCCAAGGUGCUGCUCAAGCCAUUGAGGAUGGCGUCACGAUUGCGACCUGCCUCCGGCGGGGAGGAAAAGAUAAUGUUCCGUUGUCUGUCAGGGUUCACGAAAAGAUCAGAUACGAACGAGUUAAGGCAGCCCAGAAGACCGGUGAGUCAACUAGAGAUAUGUGGCACAAGACAGAUUGGAGCAAGGUCAAGGAGAAUCCUGAAAUUAUCCAGUUUCCACGUCUGACUUGGAUAUUCGAACACGAUGCGGAGAAGCAUGCUGAAGAACUGUACGACAGUACUGCGAAAGAGAUCACAGUCCAAUAG